AUGUUUGUCCUCAGAAACGGUAAGUUUACCCCGCCAUUCACCAACGCCGGCGCCAACGCCCUGUUCUACUCUACCACUCUUGCUCUACCGCACUCGAGGUUUGGCAAACUCAUCUUUGGAUCCAGCAACCAAGAGUCUCUGAUCGAACUCCCCCAAGGACAGCUCUACCUCGUCCGCCCGCUUUCGCCCAAGGGUUACUCCGAGCUCAUCUUCAAGGACGCCGCCGCCCGAAUCCGACGAACCGCGCAGGACUUCCAGUACCAGCUCGUCAUCCAGAGAGUCUACGAGGAAGGCGAGGCCGAGCUUCUGGCUGAAGAGGAAGGAGAAGACGCCGAGAUCGACGCACUUGCCGCUGCAGAGCGAGACGAGAAGACGUUCCUCCUCGACGAAGCUCUCCACUUCCGUGUCGAGUUCCGCGAGGGUUCGGAAAAGGUUCUUGCCUGGCGAGAUCUCAGCGGUGACACCGGCGACGUUUUCGAGUUCGUUUGCGAUAACGUCGUGUCUCCUGGCCAAGUCGCACAGUUUGAGCGUAUUGCAAAGGAGUGCCAGUACGAGCGCAAGUACCGCAAGCCGCACACCACCGCCUCCGACGCAGACCUCGAGCAGUUCGAGUUCCAAGACGAGCAACCGAUUCCACCCGCCAGUCCCAUUCACAGCCCGACUUUGGCUCGGUCGAUCGACUCCUCUGACGGCCUCUUUGUACCGCAGACCCCGCCGAAGCAGUCAAACACCUCGGCCAAAAGAGAACCGACGCCGGUGAAGAUGCCCACCAUGCCUGAGAAGAAGAAGGACAUGGGUCCGCCCAAAUCCGCCGAGGCACCGCCUGCACUCAGUACCUACGCUGCCGAGAGCGCAGAGCUGCACUUCUUCGAUUUCCCCUCCGGCUCUUUUGUCCAGCAAGAUGGCACCGUCACCGCCACCGUCACUGAGAUCGGCAAAUGGGAGUACUGGCUGCAGAUCGAGAGCGAGGAUCGCGCCUGGCUCGGCAUCCCCAUCGUCGCAGACAUCAACCCGGUCUUCAACUUCGAGUUCCUGUCCUUCAUCUUCAACCAGUUCUCGCCCGACGGUUCGGCGUACUCUUGGCUACUCCGCUUCAAGGACCAGCCCACCCUUGAGCGGUUUCAGGACGCUCUUCUCCGCGCCCUGUGGGAGCAGCUCAAUGAGACAAAGUGGGAGAGGAUCAAGGAACGAGAGCAGGAGUACAUCACGGACGCCUUCAACGACUUGACGAUGGAAGAUACCCCAGAGGAGGAGGAAGAAGAAGAGGAAGAGGAGGAGGAUUACGAGGACGCCCAGGACGAAGCUCAGCGCAGUGAGCACUACGACAGCGACGAGGAAGAGGAUGACCUUGUAACCAAAGACGAGGACGGCAAUGUCAACUCCCAGCUCGCCGUCGGUUACAAGCAUGACCGUUCGUUCGUCGUGCGCGGCUCCAAGAUCGGCGUCUUCAAGCACACACCGAACAACAACUUGGAGUUCUCGACAAACAUCUCCAAGGUCGAGACUCCUAAGGGCACUUUGUUCAGCCCCAAGAAGGUCAUGCUUCACAACGAGGAUCGCAACAUGAUCUUGCAGAACGAGUCAGACCCCAACAAGCUCUACCGCAUGGAUCUGGAGUACGGCAAGGUCGUCGAUGAGUGGAAUGUGCACGAGGACAUCCCCGUUCUUAACUUCGCUCCCGAGAACAAGUAUGCUCAGAUGACCCACGAGCCGACCUUCCUCGGUAUCUCCAAGAAUGCCCUCUACCGUGUCGAUCCCCGUCUGGCAGGCUCCAAGCUGGUUGACUCCCAGCUCAAGCAGUACGCAUCCAAGAACGACUUCUCGGCCAUCUCAACGACAGAGAAGGGAUACAUCGCCGUCGCGUCCAACAAGGGAGAUGUUCGUCUUUUCGAUCGCCUCGGUAUCAACGCCAAGACGCACAUUCCUGCUUUGGGAGAGGCCAUCAUCGGCCUCGAUACUUCCGCAGACGGUCGCUGGGUCCUAGCAACUUGCAGAACGUACAUCUUGCUGAUUGACGCUAUGCAAAAGUCGGGCAAAAAUGAGGGCAAGCUUGGAUUCGAGAAGUCCUUCGCGGCUGACUCCAAGCCUCAGCCCCGCCGCUUGGCUCUCACCCCCGAGCACGUGGCCCAAUUCGCCCACGAGACCGGCAAGCCCGUCUCCUUCACCCCGGCACGCUUCAACACCGGAGCGGGCGCUGAAGAGACAAGCAUCAUCACAGCCACUGGUCCCUAUAUUGUAGAGUGGAACCUGAAGAAGGUCGUCCGUGGUGCCAAGGCGCCUUACUUGAUUAAGCGCUACGCUGAGGAGGUCAAGGCCGACGACUUCAAGUAUGGAUCGGACAAGAACGUCAUUGUCGCCCUGCCUAACGAGGUUAACAUGGUCGGCAAGCAGGGCCUCAAGCGCCCCACUCGCGAGAGCAUCGCCGGCCCCGGCUGGGCCAGAUUGAGCAUGGGACGCAGGGACUCGGGCCGCAUCAGCACGCCGAAGAGCGGUCGCUACAAGCUGGGCAGGGACGACAUUGUCGACUCGCCCUACUGA